UAUAAAGCAAACAUUGUACAUCAUAUCUUACAUAACUUGAGCAAUGUGAUAAUAAAUCGAUGACUGAGGGUGGUAAGCGCCCAUCACUGCACACUCACCAAGGGGCUUGUUGAGGGCAACAUCCGGGUCCUGGCGGCACACUGCAUUUUGCCGUACUUCUCAGUGUGUAAACAUUCAAAAUAACAAAUGUAGAGCCCCAUUUAACACAUAGUCAAUAAUGUCCAGAACUAAAAAAAAAUAAACAGUGAGUUAUUGUGACAAUACACAUGUAAAUGACAUUUUCCACACAUAACAUAGAAAAUUUCAUCGUGACAAGAGUAGAAGCUGUGACUGUAGGUUUACAUGUAAGGGGCGGGGAGAAGGUGCCCAAGGGGGCGUGGCCGUGGCCAUGCACAUAAACCGCAGGCUAAAUGGAUAAUCACAUUUCUGUCCGCCCCCCCUUCUCUUUUUCACCUCUUGACUUCCCAUUUAUGCACAACACUGUUGUGUUGUGUGCUGUACCACUAAGUUAUUUUUUUAAGGUGGCAACGUCCAACGGAGAUGCAUAAUAUUUUCUCAGAAUUCUUCUCACUCAGAACAAGUCAUCCUGGCGUUUAACUGACCCCCUCGGCCAUGCAGCAGCAGCAGCAGCGCCUGCUCAAGGUGCUCGUCAUCGGCGACUUGGGAGUGGGCAAGACCUCAGUGAUCAAGCGCUAUGUCCACCAGGUCUUCUCCCAGCAUUACCGGGCCACCAUUGGUGUGGACUUUGCUCUUAAGGUGCUCCAGUGGGACCAUAAGACGGUGGUGCGGUUGCAGCUGUGGGACAUAGCCGGACAGGAGCGAUACGGCAACAUGACCCGUGUUUACUACAAAGAAGCCGUGGGAGCUCUUGUGGUCUUUGACAUGACUCGGCUCUCCACCUUCCAAGCUGUCCUCAAGUGGAAGGGAGACUUGGACUCCAAGGUGGCCUUGAGCAACGGGAAGCCAGUACCGACCGUCCUGUUGGCCAACAAGUGUGACCAGCGACGGCUCGGUUUGUGCCCCAAACUUCCCAAACUGGAGAACUUCUCCAAGGAUUACGGUUUUGUGGGCUGGUUUGAAACAUCAGCCAAGGACAACACUAAUAUCGACGCAGCCAUGACGUGUUUGGUGAAGAACAUCAUGGCCGCUGAGGAAGAGCGAGCAUCCAGGAGUGAGCUUGACGGAAGCGGCGUUCUGGUGCUACCGCGCUUGGACUACAACACCAAGGAGAGGGGACUGGUGGGAUGCUCAGGAUGUUCUGGUGUGAAAACACGGGACAAAGAUGGCCACUGAGGACUUGAUAUUUACUAUUUGUUGUGUUUUUUUUAUUAUUCAGUAUCAUUUAAGCUUUUUUGAACAUUCCAAGGACUGCACGGUGAGCGAGUGGUUAGCGCGCAGACCUCACAGCUAGGAGACCAGGGUUCAAUUCCACCCUCGGCCAUCUCUGUGUGGAGUUUGCAUGUUCUCCCCGUGCAUGCGUGGGUUUUCUCCAGGUAUUCCGGUUUCCUCCAACAUUCCAAAAACAUGCUAGGUUAAUUAGCGACUCCAAAUUGUCCAUAGAUGUGAGUGUGAAUGGUUGUUUGUCUAUAUGUGCCCUGUGAUUGGCUGGCAACCAGUCCAGGGUGUACCCCCCUCUCGCCCGAAGACAGCUGGGAUAGGCUCCAGCACCCCCGUGACCCUUGUGAGGAAAAGCGGUAGAAAAUGAAUGAAUGAAUGAACAUUCCAAGGGCUGCACGGCGAACGAGUGGUUAGCGCGCAGGCCACACAGCUAGGAGACCGGAGUACGAUUCCAUCCUCAGGCAUCUCUGUGUGGAGUUUGCAUGUUCUCCCCGUGCAUGCGUGGGUUUUCUCCGGGUACUCCGGUUUCCUCCCACAUUCCAAAAACAUGCUAGGUUAAUUAGCGACUCCAAAUUGUCCAUAGGUAUGAAUGUGAGUGUGAAUGGUUGUUUAUCUAUAUGUGCCCUGUGAUUGGAUGGCGACCAGUCCAGGGUGUACCCCGCCUCUCGCCCGAAGACAGCUGGGAUAGACCCUUGUGAGGAUAAGCGGUAGAAAAUGAGUGAACAUUCCAAAGGGAACAUGUCGUAAUGUUAAAGAACAUUAAUGUAGUGUUUGAUUUCAGAUAACUGCGUCACUGUGUUAGAAUUCUAUGACAUCAUGGCCGACUAAUGUAAUCCACACCCAGUAGACUUUUUUUAGGUGAACAAAAAGAAGUCAACUGGUCUCUGGUCCCUGCAGGUCGUGCCCCCAUCCUGCGUUGUGUCGUGGGAAGGGGAGGAAAGGCAUCGCCCACUGAGAGAGAGUCAAAAAUAGACCCAACGGACCUCCAGUGUCAAAGCAUUAACUAUUUGCUUCCAGCUUUGGACCUACAACAUAUAUCAUGUUUUGAUGUAUCUAUUCAUGCACAUUAGGAAUAUAUGUAUUUGUGUAUUUAUUGUGUACAUUAAUACACCCUAUGGUGGUACAAUUAGAUUGGAUUAAAAAUAUACCCAAUUGGAAUGUCUCACCUCCCUAUCUCCCUCAGUGGGAUGUGGCCUGCCUCUUCACUUCCUGUUUCCUCCGGGAGAUUCUACACACUCAAACACAGCUGGUUCGUGUUGGCCACACUGUGCUUCUCCAUGAAGUGUUUUCCCACAAAGGUCACAACAUAUUCUUCUUCUUCUUGGCUGCUCUGGCGUCAAGUUCGAGAAUUGUUGAAUCUGACCCCACUGUCAAAUAUGGAGGUGGAAACAUUCCGUUUUGGGUUUGCGUUCUCUCCAAAGAGUACUGUGGUAAUUUAACGUGUUAUGGAGGCUGAUGAACGUGGCCAUGGACUGGAGUCUUGGAUGAGAACUUGAAGAUAGAUUGAGAACGGAUCUUCUAGCAUAACAACCCAAAACAAACGGCCAAGUAGUUGGGGGAGUAGACCCAAAUGAAAGAUUGAGUUGCCUAUACCAUAAAAAUAUUCAUGUUUUUGUAACUUCAUCCCCCUUUUGUACAACUAUGCUUUUUAAGCUUUGUUGACCUCCAUCAUGACCACAAUUGAAGCUCCGCAGCAUGCACAUAGCAACAGAUAUCACUGCGUCCAUUUUUCUUAAAUGUCUCUUCUCUUUCAUCACCCUCCUGCCUUGACCGAAAAAGGGAACAUUUCAAAAGCUCCAGUCCUAAUGUGACCUCAUAAAUGUCACAUUAGCUCCAAACCCCACAUCCAAUAAACCACACACACACACACACACACACACACUAAUUCAUCUGUGGUAAUCAAUAGACAUCUUAAAGGCCAACAUUAUUGGAGUCUUUUUCCACACACCGUUGGAGCCCUUUUGGGGUUAAAGGGCAACAGGGUCAUGAGAUGGGGUCAGAACACAUUGGAAGGCAUGUGUGUGCAGUGAAGGGUUAUAAAGGAGGAUCAACGAGAGAGACAUUCCUGAUGCAGAAGAACGGCAAUGUGUGUUGGGAGGUCAUGAGAACAUAAGGACAUAAGAACAAUAUUUCAAGCAAGCAUUUCUAUUCCAGUAUUUUUUGUCAAGGGGAAAUACUAUUGUAACUGUAUGAGUGCUGCUAGCACAGGGGAGCUGAGGUUCAUUGAGGAUAAAUGGGAAUUCCAACAUGUACUGGACUCCAGUACACACCUCUAACAUGACAAGUGUCUUGCCAAGGAAGCUGAAGGUAAUGAAGUGGCCAAGGAUGUCUUCUCCGAAUUUAUGGAAAAUGAUUUUCUGGUGAAUUCCACGCACAACUAAAUUAGAGCAGUCAGACAUAACAAUGGUGCUCACACAAAA